AACGUCAACGACACCAUGAUGGUGCUGCCCAAGCUCUCCACGGGGCUGGAUGUCAACGUGAGGUUCACGGGUGUCUCUGACUUCGAGUACACCCCCGAGUGCAUCAUCUUUGACCUCCUCAACGUCCCUCUCUACCACGGCUGGCUGGUGGACCCCCAGACCCCAGAGGUGGUCCAAGCCGUGGGCAAGCUGAGCUACAACCAGCUGGUGGAGAAGAUCAUCACCUGCAAACAGGCCAGCGACUCCAGCCUGGUGAGCGAAGGGCUGGUGGCAGAGCAGUUCCUGGAGUCCACGGCCUCCCAGCUGACCUACCACGGGCUGUGUGAGCUGACGGGCGCCGUGCGGGAGG